AUGACCCUCUCUACGUUGCUUGUCGGUGCGCUCCUGGCCUCUCAGGCUAGUGCGAUUCCUGGACGCGACAAUCCUGCGAUCCUUAAACGAGCAUGUCCCGACUACACCUCGUACGCUUCGACGCCGCAUGGCCCUUACAGCGACGGUCCUUUGAAAUUGCCUUUCCAGCGACCCGCUGAGGCAUGUCGUACAUUCAGCUCGCCCUCCGUCGAGAAGGUUAUUGAUGAUAUGACCUCGCGCCUGGUCGACAAAGACCUUGCGCAACUUUUCCGGAACGCCUUUCCGAAUACACUCGAUACCACAAUCAAAUGGCAUGUCAAUGGAUCCAGCUCAGCAACUUCGAAGCGUCGCGUCAGGCGCGAUGGUGCGGACUGGAGCGGUGUACAGACGUUUAUUGUAACAGGCGAUAUCAAUGCGGAAUGGUUACGUGAUUCCACCAAUCAACUGGCCAACUACCAGAAGCUGGCCAGCGAUGACAAGAGUCUUUACACCCUGAUUCUCGGUGCUAUCAACACGCAGGCUGAGUUUGUCAUUCAAUCGCCUUACUGCAAUGCCUUCCAGCCGCCCUCCAUUAGCGGUGUGAAGCCCGAGAACAGCACCCAGCAGGAUACUGUGCACCCCACAUACUCCAAGAAUUUUGUAUUCGAGUGCAAAUAUGAGCUCGACUCCCUAGCUCACUUCUUGUUGCUGGGAACCGAGUUUCAUGAGAAUACCGGGUCUACCGAGUUUCUAACCGAUCGCUGGUUCAUGGCGCUCAAGACUGUUCUUCGUGUCAUUGAUGAGCAGUCACAGCCUACUUUCAACUCCAAGAACCAGUUUGUCUCCAACCAAUAUACCUUCCAGCGCGAGACCAACAUUGGAACCGAGACUCUCAACCUGCAAGGUGUUGGAAACCCCCUCAACGAGGGUACUGGCCUUAUCCGGAGUGCUUUCCGCCCUAGUGACGACGCCACCAUCUUGGGCUACUUCAUCCCGCCUAAUGCCAUGAUGUCUGUUCAGCUGCAAAAGAUCUCUAAGAUCGUUAAGAAGGCCGGAGGUCAUGAUGACCUGGCUGAUGAGUUGGAGCAGCGCGGCACGAAGCUUGCUGCGGCCGUGAAGGAACACGGAAUUGUGAGCCACGGCAAGUACGGUGAUGUGUAUGCCUUUGAGGUCGAUGGCUAUGGUUCACGUAUUCUCAUGGAUGACGCCAACAUUCCUUCCCUGUUGUCUCUGCCUUAUCUCGGCUUCGUCGACAAGAGCGACAAGGUCUACCAGAAUACUCGCAAGAUGAUCACCGACAAAGCCGGUAACCCCUACUACCUGGAAGGUCCUGCUUUCCACGGUAUUGGUGGUCCUCACAUUGGUCUCGAGAACGCCUGGCCCAUGUCUCUGCUCAUGCAAGCGCAGACCUCUGACAAUGAUACCGAGAUCAUGGAGUCCAUCAACCUCGUCCGUGACUCGAGUCUCCUUGGCCUUGUGCACGAGUCGAUCAACGUCACCAACAUCAAGACGUAUACCCGCCCGUGGUUCUCCUGGGCUAACUCGGUUUUCGCCCAGACCCUUCUUAAGGUCGCUUCUGAGCGACCGCACCUGAUCUUUGGGGAGGAUGCUGAGCCUUAUAAUAUCUAG